AUGGCUGAACCGGUCACAAAAAAAUCAAGAACAAUGAGCGUAAAUGGAGCAAUGCAGAAAAUUUAUCUAAUGGAAAACACCGACAUCAGGACAAAUGCCAGUGGGAAGACCUAUGGUGUUACAGGAGUGCUUGCGAAAUCAACAAACUACUCUCAAAUUCAUGAAUUGUUUCUUCCAGAAAAAUUUAUCCACAAAUUCCAAAGCUCCAUAAAGAAGUCAGUAUUAAUAAGAAAGUUUAGCCAAAAAGAAGAUGGACUGAUAUCUCUUUCUGAUUCCUCUACAAUAAUGGAUACAACAGAUGAUGUGAGUCAAGAGGAAAUUGAUAAGUUCGUUAACCCUGACAUUCUAGAUAUCGCAACAAUAAAAACCAAAAAAAGAAAUGAGAGGGUUUCCCUACAAGGAAUUGUGCAAAAGUCAACAAGACUCAUUGAAACGACGCAAUCAUGCAGAAAGAUUGUCACUCUAAAUGAUGCCUCAGGAGAGAUAGAAGUCAAAUUCUGGGGAAACAAAACGUCUCUAAGUCCUUUUGAAGAGGGAACACAUCUUACAGUCACAGCAGUCAAAGUAGAUUAUUAUGCAGGGCGCUGCUCAUUAAAUUCAACACCAUCAACAGCAGUUCAGUUGAAGGAAGACUUUGAUAGUUUACAAGGCGAGAUAGAGGCAGCAUGUUUUGAUGAUGACAAUAUGUCCAUCAUGGUAGGAAACAACAUAUUCAACAUAAGUGACACCCUUAUGCGAAGAAUUUUUCCAAAUCUGAAAUUCUGUCCUGGAAAAACACUGAUGGCCAUUACUUCAUCUAAUCAAAUCACAGACUUGGUGGAGGUAAACAAUGAUCAUGAAGAUUAA